CUGUCAGUCGCAGUCGAUCAGUUGUCACCCGAUUGUCAAAAGGUGACAGUCGCAGUCAUGGCCGAGUUGAUUGCGGUGCCGUUGAAGAAGUCCGCGGACGUAGAACUAGUAAAACCAUUGCGGAAUCUGCUGCAGAACACCUAUGAAGGCGCAGAGGACUGCACGGACUCGCUGACGGAGCUGGCGCGGCUGCGCUCCGACGCGAUAUGGAAGGUGUACGACAGGGCCUCGCUCGACGUUCUCUACAGCUACUACGACCAGCUGGCGUCGCUGGAGGAGAAGGUGCCGCCGCAGGAGGUGCAGAUCCCCUUCAAGUGGAAGGAUGCCUUUGACCGGGGAUCUCUCUUCGGGGGAAGGAUCAGUCUUACUGUGAGCUCGCUGGCAUAUGAGCAUGUGUGCAUCCUGUUCAACAUCGGAGCCCUGCAGAGUGUGCUGGCCUCCCAGCAGCCACUCGACACCGAGGACUCGCUCAAGCUGGCCACCAAGCUGCUGCAGCAAGCGGCAGGCGUGUUCUCGCACUUGAAGGGAUCAGUGAUGGGCGCCGUGCACCAGGAGCCCACGCCCGACCUGCAGCCCGACACGCUGCAAGCCCUCGCGGCGCUCAUGCUCGCUCAGGCGCAGGAGGUCAUCGCAUACAAGUGCAUCCGAGAUGAGAUGAAAGAGGGCAUGGUGGCGCGGGUCUGUGCGCAAUGCGAGGAGCUAUACACAGACGCACUGCGCAUGAUCAACCGGGAGCCGCAGCGGGCGCUGUUCGACCGCGAGUGGUCCGCCAUCAUAACAGCAAAACAGAUGGCGUUCCGCGGCCUGACCCAACUCUUCCAGGGCAUGGUCUGCCGCACCAACAAAGCAGUAGGCGAGGAGAUAUCUCGUCUCCAGGUGGCCGUGGAACAGCUCAAAGGAGCCCUGGGCAGGCUGCCGCAGGCGCCCCUGCUGUCGGAGCAGCUCACUAAGGCCAUGAGAUUCCUAGCGGAAGCCACCAAAGACAACGACUUCAUCUACCACGAGCGCAUCCCGGACGCGCGUCAGCUGGAGCCCGUGCCCCGCGCCGCCGUGGCCAAGGCGCUGCCGCCGCCCGCGCGCUGGGGGCCCGCGCCGCCCGCGCGCCGGGACCUGUUCGCGGCGCUGCUGCCCGCCGCCGCGCACCGCGCGCUGCAGGCCGCCGCCGCCAGGCGGGCCGAGGCCGUCAAUGCUGAGGUGAACAAGCUCCGCGAGGCCACCCAGCUCCUCAACAGCAUCCUGGCCUCCCUGAACCUCCCCGCCUGCGUCGAGGAACAAGACUCGGGGGAGCUGCCCGAGUCUAUCCGGAGCAAGGCGGCCGCCGUGCGCGCGGCCGGCGGCCCGGGAGCUUUACGAGCCCUGAUGGAGGAGUUGCCGCAACUGUUGCAGCGAAACAGGGACAUUUUAGACGAGGCGGAGCGCAUGCUGCGCGAGGAGGAGGAGGCGGACGCGGCGCUGCGCAGCCAGUUCGGCGCGCGCUGGGGCCGCACGCCCUCGCCGCAGCUCACCGAGGCCUUCCGCGCCAACGCCGCCAAGUACCGGCAGAUCAUCGACAACGCCGUGCGAGCCGACGCCAUCGUGCAGCAGAAGUUCGCGCAGCACAAGGAGGACAUCGAGCUCCUCGGGCGCAGCGACGGCGAGAUCACCGCCGGCGUGCCCGAGGCCGCGGGCGGCGGCGGCGGCGCCGGCGCGGGCUCGGCGGCGGCGGAGCUGCGCGCGCUACUGGCAAGGGUGGACACGCUCAAGAAGGAGCGAGACAGCCUCGAGAACGAUCUCAAGGACGUCACUCUUGAUCUCAAGGAUCAGUUCCUGUCGGCGCUGGCGGCGGACGGCGCGCUGGACGAGCCGGCGCUGACGGCGGGCGCGCUGGGCGCCGCGCUGGCGCCGCUGCAGCGCCGCGCCGCCGCACUGCAGCAGCAGCAGGACGCGAUAGUAGCCGAGAUCCAGGGCGCGCACGCGCGCUUCGCGGCGGCCGGCGGCGGCGGCGGCUCGCGCGGCGCAGCCCUGGGCCGCCUGUGCGCCGCGCACGACGCCUACGCAGACCUCACCAACAACCUCAAGGAGGGCGUCAAGUUCUACAACGACCUCACGCAGCUGUUGGUGACCUUCCAGAACAAGAUCUCCGACUUCUGCUUCGCGCGGCGCACCGAGAAGGAGGAGCUGCUCAAGGACCUGACGCAGGACGCCUCCAGGGUGUGUCGCCCCGCGCCAGACCCCCCGCAAGCGCCCGCCCAAGAGCCAAGCGCGGUAGCGCGGAAGGACCCUCCGCCGCGGCCGCCGCCGCCGAGCGCGGCCCCCGCCGCCCCGGCAGCCCCCGCGGCGGCAGCUCUCCCCUACCCCAUGCAGCCGCAAGGCAUGCCGCUCCCGUACGGCGCGGCUCCGUUCUACUACGCCGCCCCCAUGCCGACCGGCUACAACCCGUACGCCACCCUGCCCUACCCGCACCACGCCCCGCGCCUCCCCUCGCAGCCCUACCAGCCCUACCAGCACCCGCCGGCCCCGCAGGGGUACCCGCAACCCCCUCCCCAUGGCUACAACCCCUAUGGCACACAGUAGAAGCAACUGCAGGACCUAGACCACCUAGAAUGAAGCUGGAAUACUGCGACGGACGGAGCCC